AUGGUGGCUGUAGUUGUCACAGCCCAGCCACCCGGGAUACUAAUUCCUAGCAAUUCUCAUUGUGACGUUGGAAAGUUCAAGAUUUGUAAGAACUUGGUUCAUGUUUGUCCCAAGUUUUGCGGUCCUAGCGGAGGUUGCACAACCGAAUGCCAAUCUUGCAAACCCAUUUGCAAUGACGGCUCCUUUCCGCCACCCGAGUCCGACAACUCACCUCCGAUCACCCAUAGCCCUCCUCCGCCAUCUUCUACACCUACUCCGACCACCACCCAUAGCCCUUCUCCGCCAUCGUCUACACCCACUCCGUCCACCCAUAGCCCUCCUAAAGGUUCCGGAAAGAAGAAAUCAAAGUGCAAGAACAAAAAUUCAGAGUGUUACAAUGUAGAGUAUGUCUGCCCUGAAGCUUGUCCAGGUGGAUGUCAAGUGGAUUGCAAAUCUUGCAAACCUGUUUGCAAUUGUGACAAGCCAGGAGCAGUAUGCCAGGAUCCUCGUUUCAUCGGAGCCGACGGCAUCACUUUCUACUUCCACGGCAAGAAAGACAGAGAAUUCUGCCUAGUCUCCGACACAAACCUCCACAUUAACGGUCACUUCAUCGGAAAACGAGACCCAACCAUGACCCGAGAUUUCACCUGGGUUGAAUCCAUCGGUAUCCUCUUCAACAACCACAAGAUGUUCCUGGGCGCCAAAAAGACAGCUGCAUGGGACGAUCUGAACGACCGUCUGGCAAUCACCUUUGACGGAGAACCAAUAUUCCUUCAGGAUAGAGAAGGCGCGAGUUGGCAACCGGAAUAUUCGUCUCAGGCUGUCUCCAUCACGAGAAUCGCGUCGUCGGCUAAUAGCGUCGUGGUUGAGGUAGAAGGAAAUUUUAGAAUCACGGUGAAGGUGGUGCCCAUAACAGAAGAAGAUUCUAGGGUUCAUAAUUACGGUAUAACAAAAGACGAUUGCUUCGCUCAUCUUGAUUUGAGCUUCAAAUUCUUGUCUUUGAGUGGAGACGUUGACGGCGUAUUGGGUCGGACUUACGCGAGUGAUUAUGUUAGCAAAGUGAAUAUGAGCAAAGCCAUGCCGGUGGUGGGAGGUGAGAAAGAGUUUAUAACGUCAAGCCUCUUUGCCGCCGAUUGCUCUGCGUCUCGCUUCGUCGGCGAGCAGAAGAAAGUGUCCAGCGGAUUGGGUAUGGAAUUUCCUAGCUUGUCCUGCGGCGGUGAUCACAUUGAAGGUGGUGCAGGGGUUGUCUGCAAGAGGUGAGCAGCGGUCGCCGGCGGCCGACCGGAGAGAAACAUUACUAUUAUUAUUACUACUACUACGAAUUACAUACAAUAAGAGAUGGAAGCGAUGGUCGGCGUCCUAAUUGUACGAGCCAUGUGCUUUAACUAACAAAAAUAAAUAAAUAAAUAAAUAUGCAUAGCAGCUAGCGAUAGUGGUCGGCGUCCU